AUAUACCAGCUUACAGUUUUGGCUGCACUGAGCUGGCAGCUGCAGCUGGUUAACAGCAGCUGUAAUCUGUGUCAGGCCAGCAACGAUGCGGCCUGCAUUAAUCAGACGGCGUAUCAAUUGUGCUUUGGCCAGGAUAGCCCCAAUACGAAUCAAAUAUUCAACUGCCCCGACGGCCUGGUCUGCACGGAUAAGCCGCAAAUCUGUUUCCAGCGCUCCGAAAUGCCCGCCAGUUGUGGCGACACCGACAGCUGUGGCCUGUGCAACGAGAACAAUGUUUUUGCCUGCACCUCGCGCAACACAUUCGCCUUCUGUUUUGGCGCCACAACGCCCACCGCUGUGAAUGGCACCUGCCCCGCGGGACGCUUCUGCGACGCCUCCAGCGUGGAUAUAUGUGUUGCCACUGCCACAGCCGAUUCGAUCAUAUGCCAUUUGGAUUGAUUCAAUUGAUUAUUGUGCUGCUCGACAUUCCAACGAGAAACUUGUCAAACGAGAGUCGAUUUUAGUUUAUAGCAAAUGUUUCAUAUUUCUUAACGAAUUUGAUAGCAUGAAAUAUUGUUUGCUGCAGACUGCCUUAUUCUAAAUUUAAACUAAACUAAAA